AUGAGGCCAGAAGAUGAUGAACGAGGGAGGAAUGAUGAGGAGAAAGGCGAUAACAAAACUUUUGUUGGCUUCCAAGCUUUUGACAAGCCAACAAAUACAAGAUAUUUUUCAUUCUCUCCAUUUUUAUAUUGUCUUCACUUUGUAUCUAUUUUAGAGCUUCUUGGUACCGCGCUCUCAGAUUCAUUUCUUUUUCAUCAGUUUCGCAUCACUUUCAUUCUUUCUUUCUUUUACAUCGCCAUCUUUUCUUUCCUUUCCCUUUAUUUUUUCUUCUUCUUCCUCAUCAACUAUCUUUCUGCAUUUUAUUCUCCCACCUACAUUUUCUCUAUUCUUCAUUUUCUUUUGUUUGUGAUUACCUAUCAUUUCUGGUUCCCACUGUUUCUCUGUUUUCUCUCUCCUUUGUUUUCUUUCUCACACUCUCUCUUCUUUUGUUAUGAUUCUCUCUCUUCUCUUGUUAUCAUCCUCUCUCUCUCUUCUCGUCCCCUCUCUCUCUCUUCUCAUCAUCAUCCCCUCUCUCUCUCUUUUCUUGUGUUGUCAUUCUUUCUCUCUUGUCAUCAUCCUGUCUUCACUUAUCAUCGCCUUGUCUUCACUUGUCCUCAUCCCCUCUUUGUGUUGUUCCUUUGCUCUUGUUGUAGUUCUCUCUCCUCUUGUCGUCAUUCUAGCUCUCUCUCUCUCUCUCUUGUCACAGGACUCUCUUGUCUUGGGUCUCUCUUGUCAUUGUUUUCUCUCUCCUCUUGUUCUCUCUCUCUCGUCAUCAUCCUCUCUUUCUUACACACACUCUACUCAGCUUAUUUUUCUUUCCUCUUUUUAUUCUCUUCUCUUUUACAACUUCCAUCUCUCACUUGUAAUUCGUUCGUGUCUGUUUCUUUCUUUAAUUUUUUGCAAAUUUUCAUUCAUGACAUGUAA